AUGCUGCCACGUCCAGCUAGACUCCUCCAUUCCCUGCCUCGCCUCCCGCGUGCCUCGUCCUUACACACCACUGCCCAAGCUGACCGCGGUAUAACUCUCGAAGCCAAGGCCCGCGUGCAGAAGCAUGUGAGACAGCUGCAGAGCUCUUCUGGUUCUAGUGCAUCAGCCGCAGUCAGACCACAAGCUGCACCUCACUUCCAGACACCACUCCCAUCUCCUGCUCCUCGAUCUGAUAACCCUCUGGAGAAUGUCAGAGAUGGCAUGGACCAUUCUUUUAUCGGCCUCUCUGGUGGUCAAAUCUUCCACCAAAUGCUUAUGCGACACGAUGUGAAAAAGGUCUUUGGGUAUCCCGGAGGCGCCAUUCUCCCAGUUUUCGAUGCCAUUUACAACUCACCCCACUUUGAUUUCGUCCUUCCCCGUCAUGAGCAAGGUGCAGGACACAUGGCAGAGGGAUACGCUCGAGUAUCAGGCAAACCCGGUGUCGUUCUCGUCACGUCUGGACCAGGAGCCACAAAUGUCAUCACUCCGAUGCAGGACGCCCUGUCUGACGGUGUACCGAUGGUCGUGUUCAGUGGUCAGGUCGCUACCAACCUCAUCGGGUCUGACGCUUUCCAGGAAGCCGACGUCAUUGGAAUCUCUAGGAGUUGUACAAAAUGGAAUGUCAUGGUGAAGAGCGUGGAGGAGAUCCCGAGAAGGAUAAAUGAGGCUUUCAAGAUUGCCACGACAGGUCGACCCGGACCCGUCCUUGUCGAUCUUCCCAAGGACAUCACGGCCGCCAUUUUGCGUAAACCUAUCCCUGCCAAAUCCAUCCAACCAGGAUCUUCCCCUUACCUCCCUUCCAGUCCCCUCAAUCCCGUCACCGCAACGGCGCCUCAGCCAGGAGAGGCCUCUCUCAUCGCCGAAGCCGCCAAGCUGAUCAACGGUGCCAAGCGACCCAUCGUCUAUGCUGGAGCGGGUGUCUUGGCCUCGCCUGAAGGUCCUGCGCUGCUCAAGCAGCUCUCCGACAUCGGAAACAUUCCUGUCACAACCACUCUGCAGGGUCUUGGAGCCUUUGAUGAGCGAGACGACAAGUCGCUUCACAUGCUCGGAAUGCACGGAUCAGCUUACGCCAACUUUGCGAUCCAAGAGGCUGAUGUCAUCAUUGCUCUCGGAGCACGAUUUGAUGACCGUGUCACCGGAAAACCAGACACUUUCGCGCCGACGGCCCGCGCUGCUGCUCUAGAAGGUCGUGGCGGAAUCAUCCACUUUGAGAUUCAGCCCAAGAACAUCAACAAAGUCAUCGAGGCCGACAUUCCCAUCCUCGGUGAUGUCGUCGCUUCGUUGGCUGAGCUCGUUCCGCAACUCACGACUGACGUCGAUCGAACCGCUUGGCUGGAGAGGUGCAAAACGAACAAGAAGAAGUACCCCUUCACCUACGCUGCCAGCGAGAACGGCGCCAAACUCAAGCCUCAAGAGGUCAUGAAGGAGUUGAACGACCAGGCUGAAGUUAUGGGCAAGGAGAACGUCGUCAUCGCUACUGGAGUCGGUCAGCAUCAGAUGUGGGCCUGCCAAUACUACCGUUGGACGGAGCCGAGAUCAUGGGUUUCUUCCGGAGGUCUAGGAACCAUGGGCUUCGGUCUCCCCUCUGCCAUUGGUGCCAAGGUUGCCGCUCCUGAGAAGAUUGUCGUCGACGUUGAUGGCGAUGCGUCAUUCUCCAUGACAGCCAUGGAACUGGCGACUGCCAAUCAAUACAACAUUGGAGUCAAAGUGCUGCUCUUUAACAACGAGUUCCAGGGUAUGGUCGAACAAUGGCAAGACCUGUUCUACGAGAACCGUUACUCUCACACCAAGAUGCAUAACCCAGACUUUGUGAAGCUCGCCGAGUCAAUGGGAGCCAAGGGAAUGCGCUGCAUGACCAAGGAAGAACUCCCCGUCAUGAUGAAAGAAUUCCUCGAAUACGAUGGGACACGACCCAUCGUCAUGGAGUGCAUUGUCUCAAGCGAGCAUGUUUACCCCAUGGUUCCGGCUGGAAAGGCCCUGCACGAGCAAAUUCUGCAUCCUAGCCUGAGAAGCAAGGCAUACAUAGACACGAAAAGAGGCUAG